AUGGCACCAGCGCCACAGCCGCGGCUGAGGAUCAAGCUGAAGCUGCCUGCGCAGGGGAGCUCGGGAGGUCCGCAGACCGCUGCCUCUACACCCGCGGAGGAAGAGGAAGAGGAGGACGAGGACGAGGAUGAGUCCGAGGAGCCCCGGCGCCGUCGUAUUGUUCCUCGAGAUGACGACGUUGAGUCCGAAGACUCGGAUGAUGCGGAUGACGGCGCACAAUCUACUCGUUCUACCUCCGUUGCGACGACAGGCACGGGCGCAAGGGCCCUAACCGCACGUCAAGCCGUCCUCGCCAACGUCGUUGACUCUUCUCAUGUCUCACUAGAUGAGCUCCCCAAUCCCCGUAAGAAGAAGCCUCUGACGGAGAUAGAGAUGGCCCUUAAGCGCGAGGAAACGGCGCGGAAGAGAAGAAAUCUGACGGAAAAGAAACUAGAAGACGAGAAGACAGAGACGAUUAAUCGCCUGCUCAAGAAACAAUCACGCGCGAAGGGAAGGCGGAAUGCGCUCUCGACUGCCGAAGAUCGGCCAACGCAGCAGGCCAACGCAGAUGACAUGGACGACGGCGCGGACGCGGAAGCCCCUGAGCCCGUCGCCCCUACAAUGUUUAGAUGGGUGUCAUCUUCCAGGGUCGGUACCGGACAAGGUGACGGCAAGGAUGACAGGGCAAUGGCUUUGUCCUUUUCUGUCCCCGUGUCGGUCCUGUGUCGAAUCGCAGAGAAGGGAGCAAUCGUUACCGCGCUGCGACGUGCAAGGCUGCACGUCGAUGAGGAAGUACAGGUUAAGGUAAACUCGAUGGUGGUCCCGGGUGCCGUAGUCGUGCUGACAAUGGUCUCCAGUGAUGUUUUCACAACUGUGACAGAUCCCAGCGCUGUCGUGGUUGCGGUGACAGUGACGACCGAGCCUGAUGCAUUGACAAAUCCUGUUGUGGUGUAUCGCGAGUACGACGAUGCGGAAUCGGUGAACGAAGAGGAUACUGAGGACACCUUGCUGAAGGGGAAAGUGGAUGCAGGAUACGUGGAGGAAUAUGUGUCGGAGUAUGUGUCAGAGUAUGUGUCAGAGCCGAUGAGUGGUGUGUGGUCGCACGCGCGGCCAACAAGAGACAAGUCCGUACCAGCGGUAUUCAUGAAACGUCUGCGUCCCAUCUGCGUGAAUGAGCUGCGGAAGGGAUACCAAGCAAAGAAUGAUGAUAUAGACGAGCGUGUGGCCGGCAGUUACGGCAAGCGAAUCAAAAGGAAGCUGCCACAAGCAGCCACAACCGCAGAAUACCGCCAUACCUCCCAAUAUCUUCGCGAAAUAUCAACUGGAAAUAUGGCUGCAGAUGAUGCUACACUAUCCAACGCUGGAGCGUCAUCAAGCAAGACGUCCCUCUAUGAAGGCAGCACUCAGUAUCGUCAUUGGCGAUUCUCUCCAGAGCAGCUUGCGCAGACUCGCGGCUCCCUCAAUGCUGCUUCGCCAGGCUCUGCGUCAAGUGUAUCGUUCCUCAACGCCGAGGAAGAGAAUCUGCUGGCCAAGCUCUAUAUCGGAAAGAUAUCCCAAUUAUGUGGUCAUUUUCGCUUUCCAGAAGAGGUUGAGGCCACUGCUAUGACCUAUCUAAAAAGGUUCUAUCUCAAGAACACUGUGAUGGACUGGCACCCAAAAAAUGUCAUUUUAGCCGCAACUUGGCUGCGAUCGAAGUAUCCAGAUACCCCGGAACCUCCGGCGCUAGCCGUUGUCGAGACCAUCUCAACACUCAUCGUUGCACAUGGCAGUCCGCCGGAUGUUGAGGCUGUGCGGGAAGUUGACCGGCGUCUCAAAUUAUGCAAAAAUCCGGAAAAGGUUGUGGGCAGCAAAGCGUAUGCAAAAAAACAAGAUGAGGCAGAGCGGAAGGCGGAAGAGAAAAGGAGGCGGAAAGCUGCCGAGACGCGCAAGGCAAUGGAGGACGGAGACCCCUUUGGCAGCGAAUCGUUGCAUGUGCUCAAGGGAACUGUGAUUGUCGCUGGUCUCUCUUCGGACAGCAUCGACCUCAGUCUCACCGCGUCGACUCAUCCUCCAUCAUUGCCCUUCGACCAGUGGAGCGAUGCUCAUGGGACGAUGGAGACCGACGACGAACGAGAUGAGCAGGACAUCCAGGAAGCAUCGCACCCGGAAGACAUGCCUCUCGGAGCUGACAAGGUCGCUACGGGCAACAAGACCAUCGAAGUAGGGACGCCUUCAUCGACUACCGGCGGCCCCCAAAUGAACGGUCACACCUCAGAUGGAGAUGCCGCCAGUGUGCACAGCAUGCCAGUUGUGCAAGUUUCCUCCUUCCCCCAGCACCUCCCUAGCACCUUCACCAAGUAUGCAGCAUGGACGCAACCGGAAUCGUACAGCAUUGGAGUCAGGAUUGGACGAGCGGAACGGAGGGCCGCACGCCGUCGUGCAAGGGAGACUCGCCCCGAACAACCUGGCGAUGCCGAUGGGGAGGGUGCCGGCGCUGACGACGACAUCCCGGUGAACGUGACGGUUCUGACAUCAUCAUCGCCGCCCCCUGUCGGCGAGGAUGGCCCAAGUAACUCGUCAGCAAGUUCCUCGCUGGCACCUGGCCAAUCCGUUGACGCGACUCAGCCGCAAGGCGAUGCUUCAAGCUUGACGGGCAAUUCAACCGAAGAGCUACUCGCUGUCACUGCCGCGCAGAGUAGUCCUUACACCACCUUCCAGCAGUUGUCUUUCGCGCCGAACUUUCCUUUGGCCGCAAUUGCGGACGAGUAUAUCAUUCCUCCUACUUACGCCUCGUUCCUGGAGUAUAGAUCUUCUUAUGAACCGGAAGUCAAUGGCGAUACGAACGUAGAUCUGUCUCAAGUGCAAUUCUCACCACCUGGCCUCCCUGUCCCUGUACCGGCUCCGCCAUCAAUGUGGUACUAUCGGGAUCCAAAGGGCAAUGUCCACGGUCCGUGGAAGGCCGCAAUAAUGCAGGCAUGGUAUAGGGACAGCCUCCUGCCACCCGACCUUCCUGUUAAGCGGGAAGAAGACUCCGAAUACAUGGUGCUGAAGGACUUGCGCGCUCAAUGCGUAGACCCGACGCAUCCUUUCAGGAGUGCACCUCCACUGCCUACUCCUACGCCUCCAAUACCAGCUCCAGAUGAUUACAAACCUCUUCUGUCCCCCAUUUCAUUACUCAGCCAGCCGAGACAUUUCGGACCACCGGCGCUCUUUUAUUCAUCUCGGGGAGGACACAGCACUACCAUCGUUGACGCUCGCGGUCGAUCUGUACUCAAAGGGCGCAUUACUUGGAGCGCGGAUAAUGAGGAUUCAUUGCUCACAACUGGGCGGCUUGGUGACGUCAAGAGACUGGAAGCAUUCGACGUAGACGAUCGCGCCGUCCUCGUGGCCAUGCGCCAAGGCGGUCUCGAAGUUGUGGACUUCGGCGAUGCUCUCCUCCGGCCUGCAGAUCACUCGCGCACCGUGUACCCUCACUUCCAGCCUCCGUACUCGAGCGUGAGUCGACGUGGCGCGUUUGUGUGGAAGAUUGGCACUCCCUUGACGUCGCACUCGUCGAUGUCGUCCUUGCACUCGGUGGUCGAUAUUCCCACGUCGAAGUCCGUGAGCCACCGCAAGAAAUUGAGUACAGGCCCGGCUAAGUCGCCUCGGUCGGACUUCACUUUGUCCAGCGACGGAGACUCGGAUAGAAUGCAAGACGAGGUGCUCUUCUUGGGCCGGAAGGACAACGAGAUCUACAUCUGCGAAAGGCGAGUAGGCUCUUUCCGGAUACUCAAGCUGUCCCCUCGCGAUACCUCAACAUGA